AUGUUCGAAUAUGAACGAGUUAAAUCUACCAUAUCUGCUUGUACUAAAAAAAUUCAUGGACAAGAUGGCAUGAUCGAAGACGUUCAUUUGUAUUUAAGAAAUUUGAGAGGUUCUGCAGCCUAUUGGAGAGGGGCUUUAAAUGAACUCGUAGCCCAGAUUAAAUGUCUGGGGCCACCAACUUACUUUGUCACCUUCAGCUGUAAUGAUUUGCAUUGGACUGACAUGAAAAAGGCGUUGUUGAUUGUCGACGAUCGCUCCGACGAAGAUCCAAAUGACUUGGACAUUAUAUCGACACAGCGCCUUAUAGAACAAUAUCCAGUGAUUGUUAGUCGUCAUUUUAUGGUCAGAGUAAAUGCUCUCAUGAAGUUAAUCCUCCGCAACAAUAAAAUCUUGGGUGGCAAAGUAAAUGACUUCUGGUGGCGCGUUGAGUUCCAAAAUCGUGGCAGUCCCCAUCUGCACAUGAUUAUUUGGAUUGAAAAUCAUCCUUCGUUCGAAACACCUGAAGGAAUCCUAAAACUUGACGAAGUUCUGACCUGUGAGUUACCCCCCGUUGACGAUGAACUUUAUGAGAUCGUCAAAAAGUGCCAAAUACAUCAUCAUACGCAUACGUGUGAGAAAAAUAACUCUGAUACCUGCCGAUUCAACUUUCCCAGAAAAGUUUGCACUGAAACACGCAUCAUCGCUCAUACAUCAGAUGAGUUCAUUCAAUUGGUGGACAAUAUGAGACAGCAAGGAGACAUGUUGUUCGUUGACCUCUUAAAUGCUCUUAGAAUUGGUGAACUCUCGGCACAGCAUAUGGCUGUUUUACUUGAGAGAGAAAGUUCUGAUAUGGAUGGAGAGUUUUCCAUUGAAAGAGCCUUAAGAAUCUACCCAACUAACAAGCAGGUAGAUGAACAUAACAAUCGAGUUCUCCAGUAUUUCAGGAGCAAAAAUACUAGUAUCUACAAAAUUCGUGCCCAAGAUCAACUAAUCGAUGCAACAAAAAAACUCAACGAAAAUACAAGUAUCGAUAGCAUCAUUUCAAAAGACAUUAACAAGACCGGAGGUUUACCGCGAGAAUUAGAAAUUUUCGUAGGAACUAAGGUUAUGUUAAGAGCCAAUAUUGACGUCACCAAAGGUCUUUUUAAUGGAGCUAUAGGAUUUGUAAAAGAGAUUGUUUGGCCAUAUUUUCGCAGAGCUCAAGUGUAUGCCGAGGACAUACCAUCUGUUCUCAUCAAUUUCGGUAAAGACGGCAUACACAAAAUCGAGCCGAAAUCCAUUCAAUUUCCAGCUUUAUACAGUUAUGGAACUGCUGAAAGGCGAAUGUUGCCGUUGAUUUUGUCGUGGGCUUCAACUGUACAUAAAAUGCAGGGAAGUACUGUGGACUAUGCAGUUGUCUAUCUUGGAAAUAAACUAUUUGCUGAAGGACAAGCGUACGUAAGCUUGAGCAGAGUAAGAUCUCUUGCUGGACUCCGGAUUGAAGAGCUCGACUGCACAAAAUUAACUGGCAAGAAGCCUUGCAAUAAUGAUGCUCUUGUGGAAAUGGAGAGAAUGCGGAGGUACAGUGAAAAUGAUGAAAGAAUACGAAAUAGUACUGUCAAAAAUGCUUGA